AUGAGGGGUUUUGAUUGGAUAAACACAGUCCUGCCGGACGAGUUAAUGCUGCAAAUAUUCAGGCAACUGGAGUCGCGGGAGAGCCGAGAAGCCUGCUCUCUUGUAUGCAAGCGGUGGCUCAGUCUAGAACGUUUAAGCCGUGAGUCUAUCUAUAUCAGCACCGAUGCCCACAUCAAGCUUCUGUCCCAGCUGUUUGUUAACGUUGUUAAAGUUACCAUAUCAGGGAGAACAUAUCUCAUUAAUCAACUUGCUCUCGAUGGUGAAAGUGUGUCUGAAGAAAAUGGGAUUAGAAAGUGUUGUUUUUCAGAUUCUGUAUUGGCUGCUGUAGGAGAUGGCUUUACCAAACUUGAGAAUUUGAGGUUGAUGUGUUUUCCUGAUGCAAUACAUGUAGGGCUAAUAUCUAUUGCUGAAAAAUGUAAAUUGCUGAAGUCUCUGGAAUUAGAGGGGUGUCGUGUUGACGAUGAAGCUCUAGCCGCUAUUGGGAAAUAUUGUUCUCGACUUGAAGACAUAAUUUUGCGGGAUUGCUUAGGUUUGACCGACAAUGGAUUGGUUCAGUUGGCCAUUGGUUGUGGGAGAACUUUGAAGUCACUUGAUGUUGCUUCCUAUGAAAGUCUUACAGAUGUCGCAUUAGAAGCAGUGGGAUUUCACUGCUCAUCACUUGAAACCUUAUCAUUGUUUUCAAGGUUUAUCCACAACGAAGGCUUGCUUUCUGUUGCCUUAGGAUGCCGUCUACUGAAAUCUCUGAAACUACACUGUGAAAAUAUGACAGGUGAGGCUUUGCAAGCUGUUGGAAGUUUUUGUUUACUGCUGGAAUUUUUAUCUUUAUACCGAUGUUAUAAAUUGACAGACAGGAGCCUUUGCGCUAUAGGGAAAGGAUGUAAGAAGUUGAAGAAACUUAGCCUAGAGUAUUGCUUACUUCUGAGUGACAUGGGUUUGGACUCUGUUGCUAUUGGUUGCAGGGAGCUUGUGCACCUUAAUAUCAAUGGUUGCAACAAUAUUGCAACAGACGGGCUGAAAUCCAUUGGAAAAGCUUGCACUGGCCUUUCUAAGUUGGACUUGCUGCACAUGAGGUUUCAGCAAAUAGAAAAUGAUGCGCUAUGUGAAAUUCACAUUGGCUUCAAGUACUUGCAAUCUCUUCAUUUGGGUUACUGCUCAGGUAUUGGUGACAAAGUGUUAUGUGGUAUAGCAAGAGGGUGCAGGAACUUGAAGGAGCUCCAUAUUCGCGGAAGUCUAGAGGUGGGGAACGAAGGAAUAAUUUCUAUUGGUCAGAACUGUAAAUUUCUUAGAGACCUCGUCCUCGAUUUCUGCCAUCGGGUUGGGGAUUCUGGGAUAAUAGCUAUUGCUAGAGGUUGCCCUCAACUCAAUCACCUGAGUUUAACAGGUUUACAGAACCUGGGUGACAAGGGAAUGGUGGCACUUGGUGAAGGCUGUAUGGUACUAGAAACUUGCGAUAUUUCUUUUUGCCCUUGCAUUACUGAGGCUGGAGUUACUACCUUGAUUACAAGUUGUCCAACUUUAAAGAAGGUACUCGUUGAGGAGCGAAAGGUUAGCCCAAGGACCAAACGUCGAGCUCAUCAUCUUUUUAAAUAUGUUUGGACGAUUGAGUAG